AUGACAACCUCCUGGAGUGAUCGGUUACAGAAUGCAGCAGAUAUGCCUGCUAAUAUGGAUAAGCAUGCCCUCAAAAAGUAUCGGCGAGAAACUUAUCAUCGGGUGUUUGUGAAUCGAAGUUUAGCCAUGGAAAAGAUAAAGUGUUUUGGUUUUGAUAUGGAUUACACACUUGCUGUAUACAAGUCCCCAGAGUAUGAGUCCCUGGGCUUUGAACUCACUGUGGAGAGAUUAGUUUCUAUUGGCUAUCCCCAGGAGCUACUCAGCUUUGCUUAUGAUUCUACAUUCCCUACCAGGGGGCUUGUCUUUGACACAUUAUAUGGAAAUCUUUUGAAAGUCGAUGCCUAUGGAAACCUCUUGGUCUGUGCACAUGGAUUUAACUUCAUAAGGGGUUCUCCGCUAGCUGCUCAAAAGAGACCAGAAACUAGAGAGCAGUAUCCAAAUAAAUUUAUCCAACGAGAUGACACUGAAAGAUUUUACAUUCUGAACACACUAUUCAACCUACCAGAGACCUACCUGUUGGCUUGCCUGGUAGAUUUUUUUACUAAUUGUCCUAGAUAUACCAGCUGCGAAACAGGAUUUAAAGAUGGGGACCUCUUCAUGUCAUACCGGAGUAUGUUCCAAGAUGUAAGAGAUGCUGUUGACUGGGUUCAUUACAAGGGCUCCCUUAAGGAAAAGACAGUUGAAAAUCUUGAGAAGUAUGUAGUAAAAGAUGGAAAACUGCCUUUGCUUCUGAGCCGGAUGAAGGAAGUAGGGAAAGUAUUUCUUGCCACCAACAGUGACUAUAAAUAUACAGAUAAAAUUAUGACUUACCUGUUUGAUUUCCCACAUGGCCCCAAGCCUGGGAGCUCCCAUCGACCAUGGCAGUCCUAUUUUGACUUGAUCCUGGUGGAUGCACGGAAACCACUAUUUUUUGGAGAAGGCACAGUAUUACGCCAAGUGGAUACUAAAACUGGAAAGCUGAAAAUUGGUACCUACACAGGUCCCCUGCAGUAUGGCAUUGUCUACUCAGGAGGUUCAUCUGAUACAAUCUGUGAUCUGUUGGGAGCCAAGGGCAAGGACAUUUUGUAUAUUGGAGAUCACAUUUUUGGGGACAUUUUAAAAUCAAAGAAACGGCAAGGGUGGCGAACUUUCUUGGUGAUCCCUGAACUUGCACAGGAACUGCAUGUCUGGACUGACAAGAGUUCACUUUUUGAGGAACUUCAAAGCUUGGAUAUUUUCUUGGCUGAACUCUACAAGCACCUUGACAGCAGCAGCAACGAGCGUCCAGACAUUAGUUCCAUCCAGAGACGUAUUAAGAAAGUAACUCAUGACAUGGACAUGUGCUAUGGGAUGAUGGGAAGCCUGUUUCGCAGUGGCUCCCGGCAGACCCUCUUUGCCAGCCAGGUGAUGCGUUAUGCAGAUCUCUAUGCAGCAUCUUUCAUCAAUCUGCUGUAUUACCCAUUCAGCUACCUCUUCAGAGCUGCCCAUGUCUUGAUGCCUCAUGAAUCGACAGUGGAGCACACACAUGUAGAUAUCAAUGAGAUGGAGUCCCCUCUUGCUACCCGGAACCGUACAUCAGUAGACUUCAAAGACACCGACUACAAGCGGCACCAGUUGACACGAUCUAUUAGUGAGAUUAAACCUCCCAACCUCUUCCCACUGGCCCCUCAGGAAAUUACACACUGUCAUGAUGAAGAUGAUGAUGAAGAGGAGGAGGAGGAAGAGGAAGAAUAAGGAGGAAAACCGAAACUCUGAGCACACAUUAAACACGUUCUGGCAGGAUCACAGGAGCAAAAGAUGUUCAUGUUUGGGUUCUAGUGGGGGAAGGGGGACUCCAUCAAAGGUACAUCUGGAAAAAUUCUGAAGACUUUAAAAUAUCCUUAUCAUAGAUUCUUGUUUUAGUUUUGUGUAUCUGCACUCCUUGCAGAUGGUUUAAAACUAAUCAAGUCUGUAUUUGGAGAAAGUAAGGGAAAGUCAGGCUGAACUACAUGCAGAUGGUUCCCAACAUGGCUUUUGCCUUGACUCUUUGUCUUUUUUCAUCAUCAGUGCAUCUUGGUGUAUCUGUAUACACUAAGGGUGGUAAAGGGUCUUGGGAUGGAGCAAGGAAGAUGAUGGGGAGAAAAGACCUGAAGAUGCUGUAAUGUUACAAACUGUGCACAUUACAAACUGUGUUGUUACUCCAAAAUCCAGCUUUUUCAUUGCAUUACACAGUAUUGUGUAAGAGUAGAGAAAUAUAUUAUUUCCAUUAUGAAGUGUGGUCUUCUGUUGCAGUCAGGUUUCCCUUUUCAAGGCUGUUCUGUUCUGUCAGUGGCUUUGCAGGAGUGUUCUCCAUUGGCUGCUGGGCUGGGCAGCAGGGGAUUUUAGGAGGCAAAAUACUUCAUCUGUACCUGUGUUGAUGGCACAAAUGCUUAGUAGUUAUCCAAAAAAGUAAUCUUCUUCUUACCUGUAAUAAAUCUAAAGAAAGAAUUUAGUUGAAAGAGAAGAAAAAAGGACGUUCCAGAAAAGGGGGAACCCCUUCUUAGAUUACUGCAUAACUGAGUAGAAUCUACUAGUGUGGGCCACACAGUGGAGGCUGAUUGCUGUAUUUCAAAAUUGAGCAUUACUAGAGCAGAGGACACAAUCAGUGUGAAUAAACUCACUUCAGAUCCCAAGUGAAAAUCAUUUCUUGUUUUGAACACUGUAUACUUUAGGGUAUUAUAACUGCCUCAUUUACAACAUUUCUAACAAUGUUGUAGACUCUUACCUUAAACUUCAUAUAGUUUCUUCCCUUAUUACUGUCAUUGGUCAAUAGGAAACGGUAAUGGUGGAUUAGCUGCUCUAGAAUUCAAUAAAGUGUAACAUUUCUAAUA